AUGAAUAAUAUUCAUACAGCAAAAAAACCAACGGUUAGUUCAUCAUUUUAUGAUAGUUACACAACAAAACCAGUCAAAUGGUAUGAAAUAGUUGAUGCUUAUCGACAAUAUAAUGAAACAUAUCUUCCAAUACGUUUGGAAAAUUUUCCAAAAGAUUUAUGGGAUAAUUUUAAAAAGUUUUUUAAAUCAAAUGCUGCAACUGAAGAAGUCGAUGAUGAUAAUCCUGUUGUUGAGGUUGAACGAACACGUGCUGAUGGUAAUAUAAUUAAAGUAACAGAAUAUAAUUUAUCUCAAGAUAAAUUUGAUCCACGUAUAUCGGAUGCUGUAAGAACACAUUCAGAAAAAGUUGAACGUUUUGAUAAACAUUCACGACAUCAAUUGAGAGGAGAGAAUAGUGUUCGUUCACCUCCAUCACCUGUUGUUCGUGAACGUCGUCGUCAUCGCCAUAAAGCUCAAGUUUCACCAACUUUUGAUGAUUGUCCUGAAUGUAGAGCUUUAGCUGCUCAAGGCUAUCCAACUAUGUGUGAUUGUAAUGAAUGUCGAGCUAAACGAGCAGCAUAUCCAAAUCGAGUUCCUUAUUGUGAUUGUCCUGAAUGCCGUAAUACAAAACGAAGUUAA